AUGUUUGUACUUAAAAGAAGCUUUCAUUCCUCUAAAGCAGUUUUGAAUGUUGCAAAUGUUAAGGUAACACUGUUUUCUAAGCAACAAUGCGGCUUGUGCGAUACUGCAAAAUCAGUUAUGGAUCAAGUGGUUCAGCAGCCAAAAUACCGAAGUUGCAAAUAUGAGAUUGUGGACAUAAUGGAUCCGGAUAAUAAAGAAUGGUAUGAUAAAUACUGUUUUGACGUCCCUGUCCUGCAUGUUCAAAACGCGGAGAAAGAAACAUUAAAUGUAGAAAAGCUAUUCCAUAGGUUUGACGAAAAGAAGGUUCAAGAUUUAAUAGAGAAAUUUACGUAG